AAAAACACACACUUACACACACACUGCAUCUCUCUCCAAUCAAUACAACACAAUUUUUAUCUAAAAAAUCAUCUUUAUCAAUUAUCAUCAUCGUCUCAUCCCACACUUCCGAAUUUAGUAUCAAAUCAAAGCUACACUAAAUAAACUAAUUUCCCCCAAUUUUCAGUUUACCUAAACCCUAGAAUACCGAUACAUACAACUAUUAUAUAUAUAUAAUUAUAACAUAAAUAAUAUGAAUCAGUAUCAUAUAUACGAAGCAAUCGGUCAAGGAAAAUACUCGACUGUUUAUAAAGGAAGGAAGAAGAAGAGUAUUGAGUAUUUUGCAAUUAAAAGUGUUGAUAAAGCUCACAAGAGCAAAGUUCUUCAGGAAGUCAGAAUCCUUCACUCAUUGGAUCAUGCUAAUGUACUCAAAUUCUAUUCCUGGUAUGAAACUUCUGCUCAUUUAUGGCUGGUUUUAGAAUACUGUGUUGGAGGUGACCUCAAGACAUUACUGGAGCAGGACACUAAACUUCCAGAAGAUUCAGUACAUGAUCUGGCACGGGAUCUUGUCAGAGGUUUGCGGUUUUUACACUCGAAGGGAAUCAUCUAUUGUGACUUGAAGCCAUCAAACAUCUUAUUAGAUGAAAAUGGUCGUACCAAGCUGUGUGAUUUCGGGUUAUCCAGAAAGUUGAGUGAUAUAUCCAAAACACCUUCUUCUCUGUUACCACAAGCAAAACGUGGCACUCCAUGCUACAUGGCUCCUGAGUUGUUUCAUGAUGGUGGAGUUCAUUCUUAUGCUUCUGAUUUCUGGGCUCUUGGCUGUGUGCUUUAUGAAUGUUAUACUGGCAGACCCCCGUUUAUAGGAAAGGAAUUUACGCAAUUAGUAAAAUCAAUUCUCUCUGACCCAACUCCUCCACUUCCGGGGAAUCCAAGCCGUUCAUUUGCUAACCUUGUGAAUUCUCUUUUAAUAAAAGAUCCAGCUGAAAGAAUUCAAUGGUCUGAAAUUUGUGGCCAUGCUUACUGGAACACAAAGCUCACACCACUGCCUUUACCCCCUCAACCCGCUUUUGAUAACAUGAUUGAACUUUGUUAUAAGCCUUGUCUGACAGAACGAAACAGUAACAAAACCCCACCGAGAAACCGUGAUAAUACGAAAGGCAGAGUGGGUCCAAAUGAAAAUAUCAAUCAUAAUACACCUAGUAAGGGUGUAUCCAGUGAGCGAAAGAUUCAAUCCAAGGUUUCCAGUGCUACAAAAGGUGUGAAUCUUCUACGUCUAUCUAGGAUUGCAAAGACAAACUUACAGAGGGAAAACGAAAAGGAAAAUUACCGUAGGCCCUUGCCCAAUAACUCGGAAAAUGAUAACGAUGUUAAAAUUGAAAAUACUGAUAUGGAACUUGAUUUUAAUGAGAACAAUGAGGAUGAUGCACAAGAUGAGCCAGAAAUGACAACCUCUGCGCAAACUGUUGAAGAGAAUUCGUUGAAUCCAGAUCAUGAUCUGGUUGCCUCACCAAUGAUUAACACACUUGCUACAGAUGACUCGAGAACUGACUUCGAAACCUCCUCAGAUCAUAUUGAAGUUCCUGCUACUCCACCGAGUGCUUCACCACAGCCAAAGAUAAAAAGAGCUCCAGAAGGUUCAGAAGGUGCUUUUAACUUGUCAAACGUCCUGUGGCAUACAUCUGACCUCUCAGUUCGCCCUGUCAUGCCAAGUAAAAAGUCAGACAAAAUGCCAGGGUCUGAGGUCGUUCCUUCUCUUCCAUUUGAUGCAAUUCCUGUAUCUGAUUUUGCGAAAGUAUCAAAAGAUCAGCUAGAAGCACUCACAAAGUGUAUUGUAAGCAUUCUUAAUGGAAAUACUACAAUUGGUGAGAAGCAGAAUGUUAUUCGAUAUCUUGAGAUGUUAAGCUGCAAUGUGGAGGCAGCCAAUAUACUGACCAAUGGUCAAAUAAUGCCGGUUUUGGUCAAAAUGCUUCGGCAGUCAAAGGCUGCAGCUUUGCGGGUCCAACUCGCUUCACUUCUGGGCUUGUUGAUACGACAUUCCACCUUAAUUGAUGAUGAUUUGGCAAAUUCGGGAAUACUGGGUUCUCUGAAUGAAGGGUUAGUUGACCGCCAAGAAAAAGUCAGAAGGUUUUCUAUGGCUGCAUUAGGCGAGUUAUUGUUCUAUAUAUCAACUCAAAACGACCAAUUGAAAGGAACAAAUCCCUCAGAAACUCCGUCAAAGGAAACGAGGACCCAAUCUGGGUGGCAGGUUCCCAAUACAUUGAUUUCACUUGUAACAUCGCUUUUACGAAAGGGUGAAGAUGAUAUGACUCAACUUUAUGCAUUGAGAACAAUAGAAAACAUCUCAAGUCAAGGAGGAUCUUGGGCUACUCGUUUCACCAGCCAAGAUGUAAUCAACAACCUCUGUUACAUAUUUCGAGCUCCUGGAAAACAAGAAACCAUGAGACUCGCAGCUGGAUCAUGUCUGGUUCGGUUGAGUCGUUUCAAUCCACCCACAAUCCAACCGGUGAUGGAAAAACUCACUUUUAAAGAAAUCGCAGCUGCCAUUUCAAAAGGAAGUCCCCGUGAACAGCAAAUAUGUUUAAAUCUUCUGAACAUGGCCAUGCUAGGCAGCAACCUUUUCACCAAUAUCGGGCGCCACCUCUUACCCUUAAUAGAAGAUAAGAGCUUAGUACCAAAUUUGAUCUCUCUCAUUGAACAUGGGGGUGAAGUAUUGAGAGGGAAAGCACUCGUUUUUGUGACUUUGCUUUGUAAAAACCGAAAAAGAUGGCUUGCACAUUUUUUCUUCAAUAUGAAGUUAUUGUCAAGUGUGGAUAGGUUGGUGAAGGAGAAGGGUGUUUAUUUGCAUCAAUGUCUAGAGGCAUUUUUGAAUGGCGUGGUGUCUAUUAUACCUGGGUUACUGGAAUUGAUAAUUGUUGAUAUUCAGCAACUAGUGGGCGGUAAACGGCAUAUGCAAGUUGGUGGUCUAACGGGCAGAGGUGGUUCUAAAACCAAUUUGCAACUUUUCCCCGUCGUUCUUAAUCUUCUUGGAAGUGCAUCUUUUAAGCGCAGGGUGGUUGACUCUCAGGUCCUUCACCUACUCAAAGUUCUAAUCAAAUCGGUCGAAUCACCCUUCCAGGGAAAGGAUGAUUUUCUAUUAACCCUUCUACGCAUUCUUGAGGCCAUUACAGAAGAGCCAGCUGUGAUUGAAGAAAACCAUGCCACAUUUGUCAAUGAAAUACUCCCGAGCCUGUCUGUUCUUUGUAAGGGAAGUAAAGAUGGUGAUGCCAGAUUUUUGUGCCUGAAAAUUUGGUUUGAGGUGGUAGUUAACAUGUUAAAUGAAGCGCCCGAGGAUAAGGGAAGACGGGAGGAUUUGAAGUCAAUAUGCAUUGGUCAUUUUGUCCCUAUGUAUCCAAUGCUGAUGGAGGAUGAAGAUCCCACUCCCAUAUACGCUCAAAAGCUACUACAGAUGCUUAUGGAAUUCAAUAUUAUUGAACAAUAGUAAGUUUUGUAAUUGGAUGUGAUCCGAAAUGUAUUAAUGGUUUGUAUUCUAUGCACUCAUCGUUCCUCAACAGACAGACACUGCUGUUUUUAUUUGAAUGGUCAUCUAGUUGCCAUUUUAGAGCAAAUUGUAUUGAUCACCAAUGUAUGUUAUUAUUAAGUUUACCACUUUACUCAUCAUGGACACAAACAAGUGUAGCCUCCCAAUGUAAUAAUGAUGACUAGCGUAUACUCUGUAUGAAAGCA